AAAAUGAGAUAUUACACACCGUACGAAGUCCUAGCCCACAAUACUUAUGACGACCUUUGGGUCUCCUUGCUCGGAAAAGUUUACAAUUUGAGCCAACUGAGCGAGAAAAACAAAGGAAGUAUCCUCAUGAAACCAAUUAUAGAAGCAGCAGGAAAAGAUAUUUCGCAUUGGUUCGACGAAAUAACAGAAGAACCCCGACGUUACUUGGACCCCUUGACAAACAUUUCCUUAAUUUACACCCCGUACGGCAGAUACGUGCACGUACCACCGCCAUACCCGUCAUCCGAUUGGGCAAACGAUUUUGGUACCCCGUGGUGGAAAGACAGUAACUACUACAUAGGCCACCUAACGAAGAAAACAAGAAAGCUGAAAAUCAUCAACACUCUCACAUCUCAACAAGACGUUUGUUCUGAAGAAACGAUAAACGAAAUAUUGAGAAGGUAUUUAGCUUACAAUCUGCAUGCAAACAGUUACACAUGGAAAUAUGACGGAGUGGUGCUGGAUAUGAACAAAACUCUUGAAGAGAAUGGAAUUAAAGAUGACGAUUUCGAAUUUUAUAACCUAAAAAUGGAUGAUACGGAAUACUUGCAAUACGUACAUCUCUACUUUAACGAUGACCUCACAGUUAUUGACUGA